AUGACGGAGAUCAAGCUGCCGAAUAUCCAGAAAGCUACAUCAAGUGAUCACUGGAAUUUGGCCAGCAACCAGUAUCCAUCUGGUAAAUUUCCUAAGGUAUCAAUUGGCAUACCUCAUCCAAGGUCAGAUUCUGUAUCAAGAAGCAGAGAUGUUGCUGCUGCUGCUGCUGCUGCUGCCCCUGCAUUCGAGAGGAAUCUGUCUCAGAGAACUGAUGGAAGAUCGAGACCUCCGAAAGCGAAUAAUGCUUCACUCCGGGUCUCACAAGAAGCUGCAAACCAUGGAGGAUCUGCUACAGAGGCACCUGAAGCCGCCCAUGUUAAGGUUUCUCUGUCACAACCUGAUGACCAUGCACGUGAGCAAACCGGAACCUUUUCCUUUGGAACAAGAAAAGAACAAGGCAGCCAGCUUGACCAACUGCAGAAGACAUCUGUCGUGAAUUCACAAGGAAAGCGCCGAGUGGAAUCUGCAGAUAAGACCAAACCCAACAGCGAAGUGCUCAGGAUGAAGCUGUGGGGGAUCCUUGGCACAUCACAAACCAAGCAGGCUGUUGCUUCACCAAACCCUGAAGACAUUGAGAGACUGGACCAACCUAAAAGUCUAACCGCCAAUGGACCAUCUUCAGGGAUCAAGAAGGUUUACACGUCACGUUUUCCUGAUAUUAUCAAGACACCUGAUCUUCUCAACUGUCAAACAGCUACCUAUGCAAAGAGCAAACCCUCCUCUGAUCCAAUUGAGUCAGAUUCUGAUACUCCACAAGUAGUUGAAGUGAGGCCCGUUACUCGCACCUUGGGUCGCACGAAAGCACCAGCAGCCUCCAAGAAGCAGGAUAAGAGCCAGAGUGCAAAGAAACCAUUGUCUACUUCACGUUCUGCACCCAAGCAGAAAACACUGGACAGUGUGUUUGUUUUUGAUGAGAAAUGCACACCCAAAACCGUGGGGAAAUCUGCAAAUGGUAACUCUCGCUGCUUGAGAAAUCUUAGAAGCUCAAAUAGGAAGGCUAAAUUAGAGCUUAAGAAGGUCCAUUGUUCUGACAAGAUUUCUGAUAAGAUCACACAGGAUGCUAGGGAAGGACAGCAAUCUUCUAGAAAUGCAGCAUCGGAGAAUAAGGGAGAGAAAACCACCUCCUUUUCUUCGUUGUCCCGAACUGGAAAAACUGCUGAGAGCCGUUCUAGAAGCCCUACAAGGGAGAGACGGCUGAAUGGGGCUAAAGUUGGGCUUCAGAAGACGCAUUUGUCAGAGAAGUUGCUGCCCACGACACUGAAUGAGGGUGAAGAUAAGCUCUCUUCGCAGAAUAUUUCAUCAAAGAGCAAGGAAAAUUAUUCUUCAUUGCUGCACCGGAAGGAGAAUUCUAAUUUGAGCAAAGCUUCAGACCGAAGCCCUCAGGCACAUAAACCAGCGGGAAAUACAUUUAGCUUGCCACCAUCUGGCGCUGCUAGUCCAUCACCUGAACCGAAAAUGUACCCAUGGGGCAACGAGGCAAGUCCCCAGAUAAAUGGUAAACCAUCUGGCGCUGCUAGUCCAUCACCUGAACCAAAAAUGUAUCCGUGGGACAAUGAGGCAAGUCCCCAGAUAAAUGGAAAACCAUCUGGUGCUGCUAGUCCAUCACCUGAAGCGAAAAAGUACCCAUGGGACAAUGAGGCAAGUCCCCAGAUAAAUGGCAAACCAUCUGGUGCUGCUAGUCCAUCACCUGAAGCGAAAAAGUACCCAUGGGACAAUGAGGCAAGCCCCCAGAUAAAUGGUAAACUGGGAGAGAAGUUUGCCAGUCCAUUGGCAGCCAGAUUCAGAGACAUGGGAGAUGAGUUUGCAAGUCCUACUUUUGCAACUAAUGUAAAUGGCUACCACAAUAGAAGCAAAGUGCUACAUGAUGACACAUACAGCCCCAAGUAUCCAAAAAGUGUGAACAGGUCAAGAUCAAGUUCCUUUGCUUCUGAUCCAGGGUCUGAGCCAUUGGAUGGGAUGGAUAAAACCUAUGAGUUACCUAAAAGUGAAUCUCCCAAUACUUCAGAAGAAAGAGAGAACAAAAAACAACCAUAUCUUUCACCCAUUUUGCCAACUGAAGAUGAAAUGGCUCAAACUUCUAUUCCAAGUUUUGGGAAAGGAUAUAAAACUCGCAAACGGCUUUCAGAUGUAGACAGCCCUGAUAAAUCUCCAACAGAAAAUCUGGAUAAGAAAUCACAUCUAAAAGAGGGAACACAAGAAACUAUGAUGUCAGACAAAGAACCAGUGCAAUGCCCAGAUGACUACCUGAACAGGGCUUUUGAUGAGUUACUGCUGGUGCUGGGAAGGUUUCAAACCAAGAUCAAGUCUGAAACAAGAAAUAGAAGUUCUGAGAUACUGGCAGGUACUGGAGAGAUAAUUCGCCAGCACCUGGAGGGAGUUGAGGUGCAGAUGCAGGAUGAUGUGGAUAAGCUGGUCAAUGCAGGAAAAUCUAAAAGGAAGCGACUAAACUCAACAUUUGAAGAGCAACAGGAACAGUUACGGAUUCUUCAUGAGAAGUUUAAGGAGGAGGUUAAUCAGCAGUUGCUUGGUUGCAAGAACUCUCUCGAGGAAUUUGAAGCCUAUCAUGCAGAACUUAAGGCAGUAGCUGAGAAGCAAAAAGCAUCACACAAGAAGCUCCUCCAACACGCCGAGAGCAGAGUUGGUUCUCAGCUCAACGAUGCUGAAAUCAAAAUCGCGAAGGUUCAGAAGGUAAAUGAACACCAUACCCCCAGGGAGGGAUGCCGUAUCGAUCAGACGCUAACCUUUUCCCAUGAAAAUGGUUUCGCAGAGAGCCCGGAAGAAGAUGAAUGGCCUGAAACACGUGCUCAAGGAGCUCAUCAUGGACACCGCAGAUUGAUCAAGUUCACCUGCUCUACAGGACAGAAGUAG